AUGGCGCAGCUUCUUGUCCGGAGGUCAGCUCAGACGGCGGUGAAGCGACCACCACUCUCCGCUCUAAAGCAGCACAAGAAAGCGAAUUUCCUCGCAGCUGACCAGGCACAUCUGAAUGGGAAAAUAAAAGUUCCAAGCACGACCGUGGCCACAAGUAGAGGGACUCGAACAUCAACUCCUUUUGUUUCAACGAGAUCAAUGGAAUCAUGGACUGACACCACUGCGGCUGCUGCUGCCUGGUCCUUUAGCAGUGGGAGCACAUCACCGUCAUCUAGUUCCACCGGCAGUGCGUCACCACCGGCUCCUGACAGUGACAUCUCGGCUACAGCGACCACCGUUGAUGAAGAUGAAGAAAACCAAUCCGAGAACAUGAAGAACGGGACAAAUAAAGGUCUCUCUCUCCAAGCAAAAGAAGACACUCUUAAGCUCCUACACGCCGCUAAGCUGGGCUUAAACGCUGCGGCUUGGUACAAAGGCUCCUUGAAACAGCGUAGCCACAAGACCAUGCUGUCAAAUGCCGAGUUGAAAAUCGGCUAUAGCUUUCCGAAGAUGCCGUGGAAUCAGGGAGAAGAAAUUCUAAAACGCAUCUUCCGCGGCUUAAGGAGAAAACGGGGUUCCUCGACGCAUCCUUGCCUGGCCACAUGGGGUGAUCAUUUGAACAGCAUACGCAGAUGGCCAAAUGAAUAUUUGAAAUUUAUGGAAAGAGCCUAGACGAAGUCUUUCUGGUGUCGUGAACUACAUGUUGGAGUUGGAGUGGACACAAAUUAUAUAGAUCAUGCUACUGAUGAAGAUUUGACUAUUGAGCUAGCCCCAUUGCGAAUAAACCAGUGCACACAACCAUCGAGCAGCUGAGCACUCACUGGAGGCGUUGCGCAGGGCUUCGGCCUGCCUUCGAAGGUGAGACCUCUGGGGCUGACAGGACCACGACAGCGCCGGCGCUUAGUUAGUAGCUGUAGACAAUUACUUGCCUGGCCUUUCUUUUUUCGGUCUUUGUUUUUUCUAGUUAGGCCUGCUCCACCAACAUAAUUAUUGAGCUACUAGCCGGUAGCUCUUUCUCUUCCUCUAACAACCACGGCCGCGUCGAAGCCGCACGACAUCUCCAGGCAGAAGGCGUAGCGAUUGAGAGGGACCUGAAGGGGCAGAUGCAGGCACUGGAACAGGCACAACAAUCUUAUGGAAAACAUAGAAGUCGUUGUCAUUCAUUAGUUCAUACCGUUCUCACUACUACAAGCUAAUAAUCAAUUGUGAUUGUUUAUGCAUUUUUAUCAAUCUUGUUUCAUAUGAUUCUAAUUAGUUUUCAAUAUUAUUAUUGGCAGAUUAGACAGGAUACCAGAAGCAUUAGCGCGCUGAGCGUACGUGGAUGCAAAAAUCAGGCAGAAUCGUGCUCCACAUGAUAUCCGUCUAAGAUCUAUAGCACCUUUUCCGAACAAAAAUUACAAUCGAGGCCCUUGGUCUAAAACUGACUUGCAUAUUCUACCAGUGGUCUUAUUUAUUAUACAUUCACUUCCUAGAAGAAGUCGAUUAGCUUUAGUUGCACACUCGCUUUAGUUGCACACUCCACACUUGAAGUUGAAUCAUCUUCUUCUAUCUCUAACCUGUUCAAGCAGCAGGAAUGGAGCAUGGAGCGGGAAAGGGAGCAGCUGCCUGGUUACCCGAACAAGGAGGCAAGCCCGAGGGCUAUCUGAAGCUUCUUGAACAUUUUCAGGUGUUCGGUGACGCUCAAAACUUGCCAGACUUCCGCGUCUCCAGGAAUAAGCCGACCAUGCUAGAUGCAGGGAAGGUCAGGAGUUGGCAUUUAGUAGGAAAGAGCAGACAAUCGGAAGAGCACCAGAUGCACGAUAGUAGAGGUGGCUAUGGUAGAAGUGGCUACGGACCUCCUGGGCUUAAUACGUUUAGACCUGGCGGCUUUUAUCUUAAGCAUUGGAUUUGGAAGUUGACAUCUCUACGCGCAUCUUUAUGGCUUCUUCAAGUAGUAGGAAAGCCAUAGAAGAUAGGCGAGCUAGAGACGGCAACCUUAAACCCCUAAUUAUCAGAGCAAUUAUAGUCGAUCACUUGGCAGUAAUGAUAGAAGUCAAGGACCGAACUUUUAUCACAAUGUUGAAGAGAGGUCGUUUUGUCGUGGAUUCCACGACAGAGGUCACGGAAGUAGUGCUUUUGGUGGAGGUGGAAACAACGGAGAACGAAGAUCGUAUUAAUAAAUGCUAUGCGAAGACGAGUAAAAGGAGUAAUGAAAGAUAGAAUGGGGAGCACAACUUAUUUUGUGCGUCGCUCCACCUUUCCACAAUUCUCUUGCCCAUCUGCUCUUGAAAAUGUUGUCGUGUUGUACUUCAUCAAUUAGGCCGAACGGUCGCGAUGCAGCAGG